AUGCGUGUGGGCUCUCAAGGAUCACACGGGAGCGGCAGCACGUCUCAAUCGGGCGUGGCUGAGGUCGACGUGAAGCCGGAGUUUGCGUUUACAGUGCCCGGCGGGGAUGCGCUCUCCAGUGGUGGUGAUGUAUUGAUGGGGGGCAAUGGCGCUGGUGAAGUGAAUACGAUAGUGAAGCUGCGGGAUGGAGACGAGAAGGCUAAAGUGGCGUACGCGGGUGCGAUGGAUUUCGGCAUAAGGGUGGUGGAUGCGGAGCGGUUUGAUAAGGUACGUCCUCGGGGUUGUUGGUUGGGAGUGCAGAGGAGGGGCAUUUUAUGGGAGCAUUUGUAA